AGUACGCCUUCACUAACCUAUCAACCUCAAUUGAGAAUCAACUCAAAUCGAAAAGCAAAACCUACGAGCAUCAUAGCAUAUUUUUGUUGCACUAUUAUAAAGCAAAAUGGAAGAAUUGUCUAUUGAGGAGCAGGACCUGAUCAAAAAUACCUUCCAAAUAUUGGACAAGGAGUACGAGGGAGCCAUCACCUCGAAGGAACUGGGACUGGUAAUCCGCGCAUUGGGUCGCCAGCCCAACGAAUCGGAGGUUCAGUCCUUGAUCAACGAGGUGGAUUCCGAUGGAAACGGAACCAUUUCGGCCCAGGAGUUUUACAGUGUGAUUCUGCGCAAGAUGCGGGACACCACUAAGGAGGAGGAGCUGCGCGAUGCCUUUAACGUUUUCGAUAAGGAACGCAAUGGGUAUUUCUCCGCCACCGAGGUGAGGGCUGUCUUCAUGGCACUGGGCGAAAAAUUGGAGGACGACGAGCUGGAGGAGAUGAUACGCGAGUACGAUGUGGAUCAGGACAAUCACAUCAAUUUCGAGGAGUUUACCAACAUGAUGACCACGCGUUAGUUUACACGCACACGCACAGUAAAUUACAAACAUGUUGCAGUUAGUUGAAUAUUUUAAAGGCUUUUUAAAUUACUUUACUACAGAGGAAUUUAAAUUC